CAGUCUCACAUCCUGCCGUGACUCAGCUUUGUUCAAAACUACAGACACACGGACCAGAAGAAGAGGAAGAUACACAAGUUAAUCAUUCCACAAAAGUACAAGGAUUAGAGGCAAAAUCAUGAGUCACUCCUCAUAUCGCACCUCUUAUCACCGCACUUUUGGGCCGCCCGUCUAUAGCCCUGUGUCCAGUCGUGUAGGAGGCCGCUACAUCUCUUCCUCCAUACCCACCCGCACUGUGGACUUCAGGAGUCGCUCCAGCGGUCCAGCCCCCCGUCUCUCUUAUGAUAAAGUGGACUUCUCACUGGCAGAGGCCGUCAACCAGGAGUUCCUGACCACGCGCAGCAAUGAGAAAAGAGAACUACAGGAACUCAAUGAUCGCUUCGCCAGCUUCAUAGAGAAGGUGCGCUAUUUGGAGCAGCAGAACUCGAGGCUGACUCUGGAGUUGGGUCAGUACAAGGAGAAGGAGCAGCAGCAAGGGCCGUCAGGCCGCGUCAAUGAGCUGUGCCAGCAGGAGAUGAGAGAGCUGCGCAGACAGCUGGAACUGAUGGGCAACAAUCGAGACCAGAUGCAGGUGGAGAGAGACAACCUGGCCGAAGAUGUGGCCCUGCUCAAGCAGAGUUUGAAUGAAGAGAUGCAGAAAAGACAGGAAGCUGAAAAUAAUCUGACUCUCUUUCGUAAGGAUGUGGAUAAUGCUACACUUGCCCGUCUGGAGCUGGAGAGGAAGAUUGAGUCUCUGAUGGAUGAGAUUGAGUUCCUCAAGAAGAUGCAUGAUGAGGAAAUUCAGGAUGUACAGGUGAGUGUUCAGAAUCAGCAGAUGAAGAUGGAGGUGAUGGAGACAUCCAGCCGCCCUGAUCUGACCGCAGCACUUCGAGACAUCAGAGCUCAGUAUGAGAGCAUUGCCUCCAAAAACAUGCAGGAAUCUGAGGAGUGGUACAAGUCCAAGUUUGCAGACCUGACCGAUUCAGCCAAGCGCAAUGCUGAGGCCAUGAGACAGGCUAAACAAGAGACCAAUGACCUGAGGAGGCAAAUUCAAACCCAGAACUGCGACAUUGAUUCUCUCAAGAACACUAAUGAGGCUCUACUGAGGCAAAUGAGAGAAAUGGAAGAGCAGUUUUCUGCAGAGACCGGAAAUUAUCAAGAUGCUGCGGCGCGUCUAGAAGAGGAGAUACGGCACCUGAAAGAGGAGAUGUCACGCCAUCUGCGGGAAUAUCAGGAUCUGCUCAACGUCAAGAUGGCCCUGGACAUCGAGAUUGCCACCUACAGGAAACUUCUGGAGGGAGAGGAAAACCGAAUUGUGGUUCCUAUCAUGAAAAUGCCUUCAAUGAGUGGACACGGUGGUGAUUACGGUCAAUUUUCUGAUACUGGACCUAAGAAAGUCGUAAUCAAGACCGUGGAGAUUCGUGAUGGGGAGGUGGUGAAAGAGUCUACAAAGGAAAAGAACAGAGAUGAGAAGAAUGAUUGACAUGGUCAAGGAGUGUCUGACAGAGAUUAGAGCGUGCAGAUAAAUAAAUGCUUGAGUUAUUAAUUGUGUGUUGCAAUUUUAAAGGGGCUCUAAGAGUAAAAUUUAGGCACACAUGUUGUUUACAGUGAUGCUAGUAGUGUAGUGAAUAAUCAGCAAAUGUUUGACUCAGUAUUGUGUAUAUGAUGGUGCUAUUAUUAACAUAUAUGAGCAUAACACGACUGCCUUACGACUGUCAGUCCAAAUCCGAUUUUUGUGCGUAUCCUAUCCGAUCUGAACAGCAAAAAACCACAUGAAAUGUGAUUUCUACAUUCAUAUGUGGUUUGGAAUCCCAUUCAAAUCGCAUUUCUGGAAAUCCAUUUCAGUCUGACCGCUCUGAUCGGAUUUCACGUGGUUUAUGCGACUUUCUCACGCAAUGUAAAACAUAAACGUCAGACGUUGUUACAAGAAACAUGCUAAAAGUUGCUGCAGAAACAAGGCUGUGUUGUUGCAAAGUGCCGGACGAGCAGAAAUGUUUUGAGACCGUAUGUUUCUGCCAUUGCAUCAUCAUAACGCAGUAGUCCAGCGUCGGCGGCUACACAUUUUCAUGAUGUAAAUAAGACAACAUCUGUAUUGCAAACCCCUCCAUGUUGUGGUUGUUGUUGUUGUUUUUGGUGUAUACCAACGAACGCAAUGUCAUUGCCAUAGAAACCAAUGCAGAUGUUCCGGAUAACAAAAAAGCGCCAUGGACACACAAAUCGGAUCUGAACACUUGCGAUACACAGUGUGGACAUUAAAAUUUUUAGAUCAGAUUCCAGUCGGAUACACAAAUAAUCGGAUUUGGACUGACAGUCUGAGCAAGGCUUUAGAAACUCCAAAAACAAUAUUUAAUGAGUUCACAUUAAUAUAAUCUUCAAAUAAAAGUAAAUGUAAACCGA